AUGUCUGACAUAACAACUGGGGACUUUAAAUUCUUUUUUAUGACACCAAAUUCGUCAGAAAAAAUUGUCAAAUAUUUUCAAGAUGAUAUUAAAAAAGUUUUGAAAAUUUUGAAUAAAUUGUUGGAAUAUUCAAAAUUGGAUAAUAAUAAAAUUAAUUUUGAACAAAUUAAAUUGUUAGCGAAGGAAGAAGAAGAUUUUUCUGCAGGAAAAAUAACUACUCUUUUUCGAUUAGCAAUAAUUGAUAAUAUAUCUGGACCACCUAUUCAUGAACUUGUUAAAUUUUUUGGAACAAAGGAAAUUUCAAUAAGAUUAGAAAAAAUGGUUUUUAAAUUGGAGGGAUAUUUAAAUAAUUGUGAUGAUGUGAAGAAGAAAAAAUGUGAAGCAGCCUGAAAAUAUUAUUUUUUUACUUUUUUUUUGUUAAAAAUUUGAUAACCUUUAAAGUUUGGAAUUUUUUAGGGUUUUUUGUUAAAUUAUUUUUGUUGUUCCUCUGGUUUUCCUCUUCUUGUUUGUGUGGAUUUUCUAAAUUAAUUCUUUUGUAAUUUGGUGUUUAGAAAUAUUUUAAAAUAAUUAUGUCAAAGUGUUAACUAAGGGAAAAUAUUUCUUUUGAUCGUUUAAACAUUUGGUUAUUUUUUCCAUUUUUUCUAUUUUUUAGAGCUGUUAAUUAGUUUUUUAAAUUUCAGUUUUUGUAAAAAAUGUGGCCACCGCCUAGGCAUAAUAUGCCAAUUCCUCCACCACCUAUUCAACCUUAUGGAAUGCCACUUCAUGGACAUCCACCUGAUCCUUAUAUGGAUAGAAG